GGAAAGCCGAGCCGAGCAGGCGGGGAGGACUGGCGAGCUACGGGGCCUCUCAGGAAGGAAGCCCCUGGAGGAGCUCCAGAGGAAAGGUCUCCCUCUCGCCGGGGAGGCUUGCCACCCCGGCUCCCCCCCUCUCUCACCACGGGCCGUUAUUUCCUUGCUGCAGGAAGAAGGGAAGGAAGUUUGGCGGGGAGGAGCCGCCUCCGCUGUCGUCUCCCGUGCUGAGAGUUGCCGAGGAGGCCGCAGCAGCAACAGAAGCAGCCGCCCUACUUAGAGCUGGACAGCGAUUUCUCGCCGUCCCCGCUUUAAUUGUUGUUAUGGCAAUGCAAGUUUUGGGGCAAUCUGGUGGCAGCAGCCUAUUUUCUAGCAAUACUAACCUUAACAUGGCACUGUCAAAUGACAUGUAUGACUUUUCUGAACUUUCCAAAGCUGAAUUGGCAGCACCUCAACUUAUUAUGCUGGCGAAUGUGGCUCUGACAGGAGAAGUUAAUGGCAACUGUUGUGAUUAUAUGGUUGGUGAAGAGAGGCAAAUGGCUGAACUGACAACGGUGGGUAACACCAAUUUUUCAGACAGUGAUGGAGAAGGAAUAGAUGAUUCACAAGAAACAGAGAAUGAUUCUGAAGGAAUAGAAGAUAUGGAUAUAGAGGAUCACAAUGCGGAAACAACUGGACUAUCAGAGUCUACAAUUCCUCACUCUUGUAAUCAAGAAAAAGUCUUUUCAUUGGAAGCACCAGAUGCUCAGGAGAGCGUAGAUGACAAAUGUAAGGGUUUGAAGAACAAACCAUUUCGUUGCAAGCCAUGCCAGUAUGAGGCAGAGUCUGAGAAAGAGUUUGUCCAUCAUAUUCGGGUACACAGUGCCAAGAGAUUCAUUGUAGAAGAAAAAGCUGAGAAACAUGGCCAGGUUAAAGAAACUGACUCUAGCAUUACAGAGGAGGUUGACUUUUCUAAGGGGCCUAUAAGAUGUGAUCGCUGUGGCUAUAACACUAACAGAUAUGAUCAUUAUGUGGCUCACUUGAAGCACCACAACAAAGCAGGAGAAAAUGAAAGAGUCUACAAAUGCACUAUCUGUACAUAUACAACAGUCAGUGAAUAUCAUUGGAAAAAGCACCUAAGAAACCAUUUUCCACGAAAAGUAUAUACAUGCUCACAGUGCUCCUACUUUUCAGAUCGGAAGAAUAACUACGUGCAGCAUAUUCGAACUCAUACAGGCGAGCGUCCCUAUCGAUGUUCUAUGUGUCCUUAUUCGAGUUCUCAGAAGACUCAUUUAACGAGACAUAUGCGUACUCAUUCAGGUGAGAAGCCAUUCAAAUGUGAACAGUGCUGCUAUGUGGCAUCAAACCAGCAUGAAGUGACUCGACACGCAAGGCAGGUUCAUGAUGGGCCCAAACCAUUGGCUUGUCCCCACUGUGAUUACAAAACAGCUGACAGAAGCAAUUUCAAGAAGCAUGUGGAACUCCAUGUCAGUCCUCGUCAGUUCCUCUGCCCAGUUUGUGAAUAUGCUGCAUCUAAGAAAUGUAAUUUGCAAUAUCACAUCAAAUCCAGGCACCCAGACUGCUGUGAUAUCACAAUGGAUGUCUCAAAAGUAAGAUUAAGAACUAAAAAGAACGAAGUUAACACUUCUGAGAACAUUAACACUGAGAGUAAACUAGAACAAGAACAAACAAAGAAAGAGUUGAUUGAAAAGAAAAAUGAGAGAGUUGUAAAGGAAGAGAAGAAAGAGAGUUUGUCAAAAGACAAGAAACCAACUAGUAGUGCGAGUGUAGGCCAGAUCACAACAAGAAGCCGCAAAAUAGUUGGUGAAAGAAAGGAAGAAAAUGUGAAAAUUGAAAAAACUAAUAAAACUAAGAAGGCAAAAAGAAAAGCAGAGAAUAGCUCUAUUUCAUUGACAAAAGAUUUAUCAACAGAUAUUGAUGUAAUAGUGAAAAAGAAAAAGAAAACUGAAAAACUAUCACCCAAGAGUCAGGGUGAAAGCAAAUUGGAGGUGACCAAAAAGUCAAAUUCUUGCCUUAAGAAAAACAAAAAAAAGAAAUAUUUGAAGAAUAAAACUGCUAAGAACAAUAACAGUUCCCAUAACAAAAAGAGCUCAGAUGAAGCUUCUGUUCAUAAAGAAUGUUUUCUUAUCCAUGAAAGACAAAGGAAGACAUCUGAUACUGCUAGUGAGCAGGAACCUGUGCUUCUCAUUGAUGGAGAAAAUCAAUUUGCACCUGAAAAUGACAUACAUCAAGAGCUACAUGAACAGCAGGUAAACACAAAUAUGAAAAACCAAGAAAUAUGUAUAGGACAAGAGGAGAUUGCAAAAGAUGUUUCAGAGAAUAACACUGAAACAGUACUGGCAGUUAUGCCUGGGACCAGCUCUGUGGAUUCAAAUACCACCAUGGAAAAAGAAGCAACGGACAUUUUACCAGAUUUAUGCCAAGAUAUUCCAAUGGCACAAACCUGUGAGAUGGAAAGUGUGACUGAUCCAGAUUUAGUACAAGAAAUACGGUCAGUGCAAACAGGUGACAAAGAGAUAAUGAGUAAAGCACAUCAAGAAGAUGUUUGUUCUACAAAACAAUUACAGGAUGAAGACCCAGCAGGAGCUCAACCUCGCCAAAAUCCAGAAAAACUUGAACACAAUACUGGAGCAGAUUUGGCUUCAUCAUCACCAAGUAGCACAAUAGUGAAUGAAAAUCAGGAUGUGGAAGAGGAUGAAGGUAUCCAUAGUCAUGAUGGCAGCGAUAUAAGUGACAACAUAUCAGAAGGCAGUGAUGAUUCUGGAUUAAAUGGUGCUCGGACGGCCCAAGAAAAAACAGGUCAGAAAUCAUCCCAAGAAGUAACAGAGGCUAAGCCUACAAAGGAGAACUAUGUGUGUAUAUUUUGUGACCGGUCAUUUAAAAAAAAGGGUGAAUACAGUAAGCAUCUGAAUCGACAUUUGGUAAAUGUAUACUAUCUUGAGAAAGCAACAAAAGAGCAAGAUUAACCAAACACAGUUUAAUGACAAUUUAUUCCUUUUUUGUAAAAUCUUCUAGAGCUUAGGUACAGUUCUUGUAGAAUCUUUGCUUAAGCUCAGUUUGCUUUUACUAUUAAGUUGUUGGUUGGUUAUUUCCCCCGACCUUUGAACAAAAGUUGAACUAAUUAACUAUUUGUUUCUCUUUCAUUAGAGAAGGCAAAUGGGAUAUGAAAAGUUGUGGCUUGCAAAGCUGACAAAAGUCCUUGAGAUAGAUCCCUUGAAUCACUUGCAUGUUACUGUUGACUUGCAGUAGAUAUAUAUGUACAACUUCAUAGGUUUAGGAAUGGACAGCCCAGGGAAACAUUCAUGGGAGUUGCUCCUGUACAAGCUCUUUAGGAAUGAGCUGAAAAUGCUUAGAAGUUUGCAAAACCAAUGUCAUGUUCUUGCAGAGGUCUGUUUAUUUUCAUAGAGCUUGAACUGUAGAUGGUACCAGUUGAUUAAGUCCCAGGUCUGUGCCUGUACAUUUAAAAAAUCGCAAGGAGAAAGUUUAAUCUGAAAAAGUCUCCGGCAUAUUCUAUCAAUCUCUCUCCCUUAAUAAUUGGAGAAAGUAAAAUAUCACUCAGAAUUUAUUUACUUCAAUGAUCAUUUGGUCUAGAACUCCUUGAGUCCCAUUUAUGCACACUUGCUACAGUAUGGAAUUAUUUCACUGUCAUGCAGUUCUGUGCCAUUGCAAUAGGUGAGCACAAGAACUACGUGGAUAAGAACAAUUGUGUACAUCUGAUAUGUCACAUGUGUCCAUACGUUUCUGAUUAUCAGAAUACUUGCCAGUUCCUAAAUGGGGAUGUUCUAGAUAUAGAUUGUGUGGUCAGGGAAGCACCAAUUUUAAUACAUUAACAGCUUAUUCCAUGCAGAACCUCUUCAUUGAAAAGGUGAGCAUGAAUUUUGGAUACAAAAUCCUGACGCUGUUUAUCCAUGGUUAAACUCCUUGAAAAUUUGCCCAGUACACAGGCCAUCUUUGCUAACAAAGUUGUUAUAUAAAUGGAAUCUUAGAAAUAAAAAAAAAUACAUAACUUUGAUACUUCUAGUAGAAUCUUUUGAUUCUUGUUUAUCUUAAUGUGUUGGUAAGGCUUAAAAAACACAGCUGUACAAGAAACACAAUAGCUUAUUUUGUAAAAAGAGCACUUUUGGGGAAAAAUGAGGUUCACUAGCGGUAAAAAAAAAUUCAUGAACGUAUUUUUAAUUUGCAUAUACAUUUCAGGUCCCCCAAUCAUGAUCAGCAAGCCAAAAUCUUGAAGUUCUUUCCAUCUAUUGAUUGGUGAAUCCAUAAUUUGGUAAAUACUUCUUUAAAACAAGGUCAUUUCUUUUUGUGCUUUAAGAUGAGAAAAAUGUUGCACAUAAUUGUUUUAUUUUUACCUAUGCAGUUUAAGUCUUUAGGAGUUUAGUAUUUUUGUUGUAUAUGUACAUUUUAUAUAUGCAUGUUUAGUUUUGUUAAAUCAGUUUCUUCCCUUAAUGUUGACACUUUCAGAUUUGUUGCUUAUCAUGGCCAGUAUUGUCUGCUUCUUUUGACUAUAACUUUCUGAUUCUAUGUUGGUUGAUAAUCUAUAAAAUUUCUACUACUUUUAAUUAUAUCAUUUUGGACAAAUAUUUCUGUACGUUUCUGAUUUAACUGUUAAAGAGUUGCACAAAUAAGUCACGAGUUCCUACCGUAUUAGCUUCAAUUGAACUGUGCAUGAUGUCUUUAUAGGGGAUGUUCUCUAAUGAAAGUUCGGAACUUAUCCUCCUUUUAAGAAGGCUAUUUAAACUUAAAUCCAUAAUAUAUAAGUUUCCAUUUAGAAGAGCUUUCUUCAUUAGAAAAAUUAUGGAUCCAGCCCAUUGUUAUUUGUAUAUAUUCUGUUUUAAUAAUACUUCUUUUUUGCAUUAUAGAUAUUUUUGCCAUGCCCCUGCUGGGGAAAAAUUAAAAUAAAUACAAUAUAUUUGUCUGUCACCUGUUUCUUUUAGAGUGACUUAUGUGAGAUCUUUCUUGGUGAACUUAAAAGUAUUAAUAGAGGUACUUAUUUGGGUUUAAGACAUUGCUAAUUAUAAAUGAAAUAUCCACUGUAUUGCAUAAUUUACAUAAAAGUGAAUGGCUUGGAUCAUAGCUCAUGUUACUUUAUGCUUU